AUGGCAGGCCGUGAAGUGGGUACGAGCCUGGAUCCGCGAUCUGACAACUUGGAGAGCUUGCGUCAAAUCAUGAACAGAGAGGUGCUACCGGAUUUUGACAAUGCCGUGAAGGACUGCGUCUUUGGAGUGAUGUCACUCAUUUUGCUGACUCUCUCAGCGGUGGACUCAGAGGAGGGACUUGAGCAAGCCAGAUAUAUGCAGGGGUUGGUAGACGGCCUGUUCUUCCAGUUUGCUGACCUCCUGCAGGACUCUGAUUGGCCGCUGGACACGUCCCAAUUCUAUAGUCUCAGGCAACUACUUGGACAUGAGCGAAAUGACUGCGGCGGCAGUAAUCUUCGCGUCUAUGUAUACAAUUCGACAGACUUAACCCGACGCAGACUGUUGACAGGCUCUGGCAUGAUGGCAGCAGCAUCUCACAUCCAUACCUACUUGGAGCAAAGUUCUUGCGUGACACAGGAUCCAGAAUCUGCAAACCUCUUCUUUCUGCCUGCUUACCAUGGACAGCAGUACGAUGCUUUUUUGGAGAUGGUCUCUCAUGCGGAGUCCGAUGAGAGGUUUCCGUACCUCCUGCAACGGCCAGCAGAUCACUUCUUUGUCGUUUCAGCAAAUCUACCGUCAUGGGUUGACUUGGCACCAUUGCGACAUUCGAUGCUGCUUACCGUGGAGUCUUGGCAAACGAACGAGGGUGUUCCAAGGUGGUAUUCUCCCUGGAAAGAUGUGAUGAUUCCGGGCUACAUUGACCGCUGGCGCAUAGAUGCAAUGCGGGCAGUCAACAAACCAUCGAGAGAGCGUGGGUUUUUGUUGGUAUUCCAUGGAAAUCAUCCCGGAAACCAUCAGCUCUAUGUCAAGCACAAAGCAGAGGUGCGAACUCGAAUUCUGAACUCGUUCUCUGGUUUGCCUGAUUGCAGCGUGGGUGGUCCAGUUGGCGAUUUUUUUGAGCGAAUGGGUCGAACUCAUUUUUGUUUGGUCCCGCGUGGCUCAUCAGCCUGGACCAUCCACCUCUACGAGAGCUUCUUCUUUGGCUGUAUCCCGGUGAUCCUCUCAGACUUUCUGGCUGUACCUUUCCAGGGCAUCGUCGACUGGACUGCUUUCAGCAUCAAAUGGCCUGAAGAGGAAGUGGGGGAGAAACUGCUGCAGCAUCUCCGAAGCAUUCCGUUGAAGAAGAUUGCAGAGAUGAAGGAUCGUCUUGAGGAAGCCGCCUGCUUCUUUGACUUUCAUCGUGGCUAUGGACUGCGUGAGAAAAAGGAGUCCGAUUGGAUAAAAUGGAAGGAAAAUCAGGUGGCUCUGGGAGGGGAUUGUCCUUACAUUGGACACGGAAAUGGUGAGACUUUGGACGCCUGCCACCAGAGCUGUCAGCAGAGCUCUUGCAAUCUGGUGAACUUCCACGACGGGGACUGCGUCCUUAGACGCUGCCUUGACCCAGCGCAGCCUGCCCUCACGGGAGGUGCACAAGGCUGGCAGGUUUGGUCCAUGGUGAAUGACACCCAGCUCCACUGCUCACCCUAUCAUGCGGUUUUCCAAACACUUAGCCAACGACACCAGAAUCGGCCGUUUACACAUGGGCCCUAUUGGAACUGA